AGAUUUGACACGAAGCUGUUUGGUUGAACUGCAGCUGUCAAAUUAUUUGCAAGCCACGAUGCAGGCGUCGCUGGUGAAGUACAAUACGCCCAUUCUCAUCAGCACCACAGGUGCUGCAAAGGGCAAGAAAGACAAGGAAAAGAAGAAAGAUGCCCAGCCUGCCAUGUCUCAGACCGAGGACAUUCUCAACUCCAUCCUUCCUCCGCGGGAGUGGACGCAAGAAGAUCAGCUGUGGGUACAGUAUGUGUCCAGCACACCGGCCACGCGCGCAGAUGUGGUGAACCUGCAGGAGGAUCUCGACAAAUGGCUGCAGCAGCGCCAGGCGCGCGAGACGGGAAUUUGCCCGAUUCGAGAGGAGUUGUACUCGCAAUGCUUCGACGAGCUGAUCCGGCAGGUAACCAUCAUCUGUGCUGAAAGAGGGCUGCUGCUUCUUCGCGUCCGCGACGAGAUUAGGAUGACGAUUUGUGCUUACCAGAGCCUCUACGAAUCCUCCAUCGCGUUCGGCAUGCGCAAGGCACUGCAGGCAGAGCAGCGCCGAAAUCAGCACAAUAAGAAGAUGAAGGACCUGCAAGUGGCGAACAAGAAGCUCAGAGACGAAGUCGAGGAGCUGGAGAACAAGAUCACCCAAAUCGAGAAGCAUGAAGCAGAAAGGCGAGAGCAAGAAGAACGGAAGCACAAGGAGGAGGUGGAGAUCUUAAAGAAAAUGAAUGCCCAACGCAAGGAGCAAUUGGAGACUAUGCUGCAAGCUCCGAAGAAGUAGGCGGGACGCAAAUCCUGUGUGCAGCAAUAUGCUGAGGCAUGCGGGCUGCAAAAGCUGCACGAUGCCAGACAUGGGACUUAGUUUCACACUAACUGAAAGCUUGAUGCAUGCUUACACACGCAA